AAGAGCUAUUGAACUGGUGGUGUCUCCAUGUUGUGCUUAGCUCAGCCACCUCUGCACACAGAGAGCGAAUUCGAUGUACGUGCGUUAUGCUAUUCCAGCAGCUGGCCAUUAUUAUUCCAACGCACAUAGGCUGUAGCUCUUUACUGAUGGGGUCCUGAUGUUUAUGGACAGGCUUUCUGAAUAGAGAGCUCCAUCCUAUACCUUUUCCUUUCCCUGAGCCAGACGAGCGCAGCAAGAGGUGCCAUGCGGGUGAGUUUCUGCCAGGGCCUUCUGACUGGAGCCAUCGUUCUGAACCUGCUCAUCCUCUACUAUGUGUCCCGAGCCCAGCAGCAGAUGAUGGAGAAACGCCGGGACCCAGGAAGGGGCUCCAGGAAGGCUGCUUUACCUGCGUCCGGGCUGGGGGGCGGCAUGGGGAGCCUGGUGGGGGUUGGCGGGGGGAUGGUUGGCCCUGGAGGUGUCGGGGGAGAGGGGAACAGUCGUGGCCCCCGUGUGACUGUCCUCCUACGGGAGUUUGAGGACUUUGAGAACUACGUCGGUGAUGUGGCACGCUCCUUCCUGCACCAGAGACCUGAGCUGCCCUUCUUGGCUGUGUCUGACACCCCGCCCUAUCCCCCUCUGUCUCUCCCCGAGGGGGYCCGUCUCCUGGUGCUCUCCCCCAGCCCCGAGCAGCCUCCACAGGCCCACCGGCCAGAGUUCCAUGUCCAGACCGAGUUUGUGCUGCUGGUGCCUGACGGGGUGGAGCUGGAGCAGGGCCGGGCUGUGGAGAGGCUGAUCCGGGAGCUGGAGGGGGAAGGUGGGGGGCCCGUGAGGCUGGUGGCGGCCCCCGUGUUGGCACGCUCGGCCGUCCAGUGCCUGCACCUGCGGGUCAGUCUGAGAGAGUGGACAGCCACCUACACCCCAGCGGCGUCUGGGAGCAGUGGUAGCGUGUGUACAGCCCUUCAGGGGGACGCGGUGGUCCUCAUCCGCUCCGAGGACCUCUUCAACCUGUCUGUCCCACUGGGGAGGCCCCUGCUGCCUUCGCUCUUCAUCCAGACCUCCCUGCAUGGCUGGAAGGUCAAGCUCCUGGAGAGCCCCUGCUUCUCCGCCAGCCACCGGCCUCUCUUCAGCUCAGCMCACAACCAGUGGAAGGCAGACAGCCAUCUGAAGGAGGCCACUAGCCGGCUGAUGAGGAACUUUGGGCUGAAGCGUCUCCUACUGGCUGAUGGGAAGGAGCAGUGGCACGGCUGUGGGAAGGAGACGGAGCGUUGCUUCGGUACGGUCCGGGACGACACCCCUGAGUACCUGUACCUGGAUCGCUGGACCCCUCCAUGCUGCCUCCGCGCACUACGUGAGACCACCAAGUAUGUGAUCAACAUUCUGGAGAGCUCCGGGGUGCGCUACUGGCUGGAAGGAGGCUCCCUGCUGGGGGCGGCCCGCCACCAGGACAUCAUCCCCUGGGACUAUGACGUGGACCUGGGCAUCUACCUGGAGGACGUGCCCAACUGUGACUACCUGAAGAACCUGGACUCUGGUUCUCUGGUGGACGCUAACGGCUAUGUGUGGGAGCGGGCAGUGGAGGGGGACUUCUAUAGGGUGCAAUACAGCGAGGCUAACCACCUCCACGUGGACCUGUGGCCCUUCUACCCGCGGAACGGCGUCAUGACCAAAGACACGUGGAUGGAGCACAAGCAGGAUGUGGAGUUCCCCGAGCACUUCCUGCAGCCGCUGGUGCCAAUGCCGUUCGCCGGCGUCACCGCCUACAGCCCGAACAACCACCGCGCCUUCCUGGAGCUCAAGUUCGGGGAGGGGGUCAUCGAGAACCCCCAGUACCCCAACCCUGCCAAGAAGAGGCUGGACAGGAGCCGGCUGUGAGGGAGGGGUGUGGCUGGGACCUUUGCAGUUUUCAUGUGGCCCACCAAAAGRACAAAACGAUUCUAGCCACAACCCAAAACAUAUUGGUAGCAAUCCGUGAUUGGGUCACAAGUGGGUAUCCUUUGGGAAUAACUGUCCUUAAGGAUGCCAAAUGCACUGAUCAAUUAAAACUCCCUGAAGGGAAGUGGUUAUUAAGAGAGAACAGACACUACAGCCACACUGAUGCAAUGACACAAGUUUUAUUGUAUUUACUGCCUGCCUUUAUUAUCUGUCUUUAACACGAUAUCCUCAUCAUGGGUGAAGCAACGGACUGCAUGUUACGUCAUGAUGCGUGACUGACUGACCUCUGUCAGAAUGUGUCUGUCACUACUACCGAGACUGUAGAACAGAGCCUGUAUUCAUAAAGCGUCUCAGAGUAGGAGUGCUGAUCUAGGAUCAGGUCCCCGUCAUCCAUGUAAUCUUAUUCUUUAUGAUCGAAAAAGGCAAAACCGAUCCUAGAUCAGCACUUUAUGGAGCACAAGGGGACUGCUGCUGAUCUACAUGACAGGUCAACUGAAGACUCCUUGCAGAGGUCCAUUAUUCUGUAUAAGCUGUAAAUUAAGUAUAGAGACAGAGUAUUUAUACAUUCAAAACGGUAUUCUGUUGCACAUCAUUUUCCGGUACAUAAAUGACCAGGUAUUUAGUAAGAAAUUCUAUGGUAAAAUGGUAAUUACACAGAAAUUAUAUAUUUAUUUUCAAGAUUUUUUGAUCCAUUGGGUACAAGGUGGUUACGAAUUGUUUUGAAAUCUUUGAUGUAGUACCAUAAAGUAUUAGUUGUUAUUACCACAGUUUUCUAGUAAUUAUCAGGUGAUCAUCAAAGUGCUACCAGAUAUCCAACGGCAUAUACACCACAAUAUCAGCUGCUGUUAAGCAAUAUCUGACACAAUCAGUGUUGAUAGCUGUGUUAUUAUUGAUAUUAGGAAUAUACAUGUGUUGGUCAAUUCUGUCCUGAAGCUAAAGAUGUACUCCAUGAAAUAUAUGUGUGGAUUUGUUGCACUGAUUCACUUUCUUCUUUGCAAUUGGUUUACUUMAUGUUCAGGGUACAACAUGUAUGACCUUUUGAACUGUCAACUGAUGCCACUGGGUAGGCCUUGGCAUGUUCCAUCAGCAUGACGAUUUUGGCUGUCCAUUUCCCAGUGGUAAAAUGAGGAGCUUUCUCUUCAACUCUGACUUGGAUAUUCAUGUCAUGAUGAAAGCUCCAUCAGUCCAUUCACGUGCAUUCAAAUCCCAGGUAUGAAUUAUAAAAAACGGAACUAUCCAAUAUACUAAAUGAAAUGUGUGUGUCAUCUGUUGAGUGUUGCUGUCACAUUUGUGUCCUGCCUUGACUGGAAUGUAUAAAGUUAUCUGAAUUGCGAGUGAAAGACUGAUAUCUGAUAGGUGCCACUUGUUUGCGCUUGAACUAUCGUUUUACAAGUGGGGGAAAAUGCACAAAAGAACUCUUGCUGUCAAUGUGUGUCACUCCAUUUCAUGUACUGAAGAAGAAAAAAAGAAUUAUAACACUA